AUGAGUUCGUUUUUGAUGAACCCGUCCGGCGGAGCCCAGGCGUCGGCGGGCGCGGCGACGGCGGUGUCCGCCGUCGGGUACCACCAGCUGCACCACCAGCACCACGCGCCGCACCAGCCGCAGCACCAGCAGCUGGCGCCGCAGCCGCAGCAGUUGCUGGUCGACCCCAAGUUCCCGCCCAGCGAGGAGUACAGCCAGAGCAACUACAUCCCGGCCGACUUCUUCGGCAGCGCCGCGGCGCAGUACCAGGCGUACCACCACCACCAGCAGCACCACCACCACGAGCACGACCACCACCACCAGCACCACCACCAGCACCAGCAGCAGCACCACCAUGUGCACCAGCCGUGCGGCCCGCAUCCUCCCCCGCAGCCGCUGACGCCCGCCAACAGCGGAGGCGGCACGCCGAGCCCACCGCCGCCGCCUCCACCGCCCCCGCAGGCGGCCCAGCCGCCCCCGGGGGCGGCGGUGACCGCCGCGCAACCCCAGCCGCAGCCGCAGGGGCCGCCCAGCGGGGCGGAUAACCUGGAAGACGACCAGGAGGAGGAAGAGGCGGAGGAGGCGGAACCGGACGACAGCUCGGGGUCCGGGGAGCGGAUCAUCUACCCGUGGAUGAAGAAGAUCCACGUCGCUGGAGUCGCGAACGGGUCCUACCAGCCGGGCAUGGAGCCGAAGCGUCAGCGCACGGCCUACACGCGCCACCAGAUCCUGGAGCUGGAGAAGGAGUUCCACUACAACCGCUACCUGACGCGCCGCCGGCGCAUCGAGAUCGCGCACACGCUGGUGCUGUCCGAGCGCCAGAUCAAGAUCUGGUUCCAGAACCGCCGCAUGAAGUGGAAGAAGGACAACAAGCUGCCCAACACCAAGAACGUGCGCCGCAAGACGAACCCGGCGGGCGCGCCCGUCGCCGCCGCCUCCGGGGGCAAGGGGGGCAAGUCGAGGGCCAAGGACGCCGGGGGCGGGGGCGGCGGGGGCGGAGGCGGCGCCGCUGUCACCGCCAGCGCCAAGAGGACGGCCAACAGGUCAGUCUCUCCGGUCUGUAUUUCUCACUAA